AUGCUGUACCGGGAGAUGGGGAAGGUGCUUUACAUGUUGUAUUGGCACUUUGGGGGCCAUCUAGGUGGGACUUCACCUACGGAUUUUUUAAAAAAUACCGCUGAAUGGCUCUCUCACACGACGCCGCAGAGGCAUGGUAAGGGUCAUGGUAUCCAGUACUCUGCUAGCCUCUAUAAUUAUUCUCCCUCCCAGACGGCCAUUUUCACAAAAGAGUCGGAAAUACGACUACUAUGGAGCCAGAUGGACAAUGUGGGGUAUUGUAAACAGUCCCAACCAGCAAACAGGCUUUUCCGGGUCGAAAGCAUAAGGAGUACUCAGGGCACACCGAUAAGUACAGCUAAUGGAUACCGGCAAUGGGGGAUGAGGUGGGACCGGGUCCUACGAUCGCUCAAUGAUGGUCAAAAAUUUAUCACCCAGUCCGGGAAGGAAGUGAGCGACAGCGCUUCGACCAUUAUGGCAAGAGCCCAGGAUGCGAGGGAUCGUAUCCUCCUCAACAGUUACCUGCUCAUUGGUGCAGACAUUGUGUCAUGA